AUGGCCGACGUAGCGACGAAGCGGGGUGUAUUGAUCGAUUUUGACCUGGCCCGGAUUCAGCGCGAUGACCCCAGUGCGACUGGACGGGAGCGUACGGGCACUGUUCCAUUCAUGGCUGUUGAUUUUUUGACGCAGAAGUAUCUUGCUGGUCAGAUUGCCCACCUCUACCGCCACGACCUUGAAUCAUGCAUAUGGGUUUUGGGCUAUACGUUAUUGUCGGAUGCAGUUCCCGAUGUCAAGGCCUGGGACACGGGGCAUUUCAAGCAGUGCAGAAACAACAAACUUGCUUUCUUAAUGGACUUGAUGAGACACUCUGCGUCAGGCGCCAAAAAAUCUAUGUGGGAGAUGUUCGGUAACCACGCCCUUCAUUGGCUGAAGAAAUUAUUACAGCGCGUGGAUGAUGCCGCAUAUCAGCGUGCCACGCGUAACACUCAAUAUGAAGGAACCCAUGACGAACUCUCAAGCGAGGAUGAGAGGGUUUUGGAGCGGUGGAUGAGCAGCACUCUGGAAGCAGCCUCCGCGAUCAUUCAAGACUUUGAGAAAUUCAUGCACUCGAAAUUGGCACAUUUAGGGUUUGCUCCACUCACACAGGAUCAGCUGUCAGCUUCGUCCUAA